CGGUCGUCGUGCGCGGUCAAGGAUAAAACGACAAAGCAACGAAGAAAGAGGGAGAAAAAGCGAGACAAGAGGAGAGCAAUGUAAAGCAACAAACGAAUGGAAAAUGAAGUGCCAAAGUGUUAAAAGCAACGAAAUUCAAUUUUUGGACGAAAGCUAGAAACAGAAAAAGAGAAAGAAAGAGUGUCGACACUCCCGAACGGUAAUCGUUUCGUUUUCGUUCCGUUCCGUUCCGUUCAGUUUCGUUUUGCGCGAUUUGCGGUGUUUCGUUUCGUUUCGUUACGUUCCGUUACGUUCCGCUACGGUCCGUUCCGUUUCCGUGUUUCGUUUCGCACUCUUCUCUUGACAUUUUUUUUUCCGCUGUCGGGCUCUCUCCAAAUGGGUUUCAAUUCCUGAUGAUGGAGACAUUUCUUGUCCUGGGCCUGUGUUUUAUCCUGUACGAAGCAUUGGAUUUCUUUCAAGGCUGCAUCCACAGCAACACCCCGACGCCGAGCGACCAGAUCGAGGCCUACCGCCGCGAACUCGACGAACAGCGCCAGCAGCAGCAGCAGGAACAGUUCCUCGCGGGUCUCACGCCCCUGCUGGGCGCCCAAUUCGCUGCCGCCGCCGCCGCUGCCGCUGCAGCAGCCUCCUCGGGCUCCCAGUCGACGCUGGGCAGCACCACAGCCACGCCCACAGCCUCGACGGCGAGUGUGAUCAGCGACUCGUACGACCAGGACACGCACUCCCAUUCGCAGGAGGCGCAACAGCAACAGCAACAGCAGCAGCAGCACUCGCUGAGCACACCGGGUCUCUUCCGUCCGGCCGCCUUGGGCUACUACGAUCCGGAGGAUCCGCUGCAUGCCACAUCGUCGCUGCCACGCGACUUCUACUACCUUCAGCAGCAGCAGCUGAAGAACAAGGCCAGCGCCAAGUCGCUGCUCUCGAAGUUCUCCUCGACCAACUCGGACAAUCGCAUCUACCCGGAAGCCGGGGCCAGCACGGGGCACAGUCUGCUCGGAGGAGCGGUGAUCACCCACCAGCCGCUGCCCGUGGUGCCCCCCACCGAGGCGUCGUCCUCGAGCCUAUUCGACUGCCAGCCCCCGGCUGUGGCGCCGCACCAGCUGCAGGCACCCUCCCCGCUGCUCCUGGAACUGAAGCGCGCCAUCAUCAGUCACCAGUCGCACGCCCACACCGUCUUGGACGAGGACGACGAGGAGCUGAUCGGCAGCGACAACGGCUGUCCCCAGUGCGAGGAAGAAGAGCACCACCAGCAGCAGCAGCGCCAGGAGGAGCUCUACGACAACGAACAGGAGGAGGAGGACGACGAGGACGAGGAGGAGGAUCUCUCCUACAACAGCAACAGUAACAGCAACAGCAACAGUCGAGCAUCCUCCACACACGGCACGACGACGACGGUGCACAGCAGUGAGCCGAACAUCAGCGCCUUGCUGCCACGCAUCCACCACAUAGCCAUCGACGACAUCGACAUCGGGACAGCGACGGGGGCGUCGGCGUCCAGCAACGGGCACUCGGACUCCAUUUCUGGGUGUGGCCUGGCGGCCACGUCGCACGCCGAUUUCCGGGAGAUCGAGUGCGAGCGUCUGCGACGCAAGUGCGUGAGCGUAAAGCGCAUCUAUAGCAUAUCGGAGAAAUUCUAAAUCCAAAACCCACAUUCGAUACUCGAAAUUCGAUAUUCGCUAUCCGAUAUUCGAUAUCCGAUACUCGAUAGUUACUGUCUCAUCCAACACCUGUACAAAGCAAUCGAUCAAAAAAAAAAAACUCAGCAAAAACUCACCAUUGCACCACCGCACCACCGCAAAAA